CACUCCGAUUGGGUCGAGCGUUGGAUGGGUGGACUAAAUAAAUAGCGCGUGAGAUGCGACUGCAAGAUGACAUGAGUGGAGCAACAGCAGCAGAGCAACCCCAAACUCAACCGGACUCACUUUUCUCUCAACCUGGCUCUCUUGUUUGCGCUUUUCCAACACAUUUUCUGCAUAUUUGCGCUCCCCGCGUCUGCGUUUUCCCCCUCACUGCUGCGAACAGGUUGGGAGACGGGAACACCCCUCCGCACCUCCCCUUCUUCGUGUCCGGCAUUCUCUGUUUAAAUUCACAGAAAGUUCCUGUCAAGAUGAUGAUGAUCAUCGCGGAGUUCUUCGUGGUUAUUUUAAAAGUGCUCUGGGCUUUUGUGACCGCCGGGGCCAAGUGGGUCGUGCGCCCUAAGGAGAAGAGCGUGGCGGGACAGGUGUGCGUGAUCACCGGUGCUGGAAGCGGCCUUGGCCGGCUGUUCGCCAAGGAGUUCGCCCGGAGAAGAGCGACUCUGGUGCUGUGGGACAUAAACAGCCAAAGCAACGAGGAAACGGCGGAGAUGGUACGGCAGAUUUACCACGAACUGGAAACCCCCGUCACCAAAGACGAACCUGUUGGGGGGGUCGAGGAGGUCCCCACCUUCCAGCCUCAGGUCUACACAUAUGUGUGUGACGUAGGGAAACGCGAGAGCGUCUAUUCCACCGCGGAGAAGGUGCGCCGAGAGGUGGGAGAGGUAGACCUACUGAUUAACAACGCAGGUGUGGUCUCGGGUCAUCACCUGCUGGAGUGUCCCGACGAGCUGAUCGAGCGCACCAUGGUGGUCAACUGUCACGCACACUUCUGGACCACCAAGGCGUUUCUCCCCAAGAUGUUGGAGCUGAAUCAUGGUCACAUUAUAACUGUUGCCAGCUCCCUGGGUUUGUUCAGCACAGCUGGAGUGGAGGAUUAUUGUGCCAGUAAGUUUGGUGCCAUCGGGUUUCACGAGUCUCUGAGCCACGAGAUUAAAGCCUCGGAGAAGGAUGGCAUCAACAUGACUCUGGUGUGUCCUUACCUGGUCAACACGGGAAUGUUUAAAGGUUGUCGGAUAAGGAAGGAGAUUGAGCCUUUCCUGCCUCCCCUGAACCCAGAGUUCUGUGUGAAACAAGCCAUGACGGCCAUCCUCACAGACCAGCCGAUGAUCUGCACGCCUCGCAUCAUUUACAUGGUUAACUUUAUGAAAAGCAUCCUUCCCUUCGAGGCCAUUGUGUGUAUGUAUCGAUUUCUGGGCGCCGACAAGUGCAUGUACCCGUUCCUAGCCCAGAGAAAGGAGGCGAUGAACAACAACGAAGCAAAGAACGGGAUCUAGGGGGCACUGUUCAUAACAAGGGCAUUUAAAACUGCAGGCAUGAGGAAACAACCACUGAGGAUGAAAACGGGACAAAGAAAAAGACUGAAUUUAGACUGGUGCACUUGCAUUGAGCAAAUGCAAAAGUUUACCAUAUUGUUCCUCUGGAACAAAAAAAGGAGCUGCGUACUACACAAAAGACUGAUUUGUCAUAUUUGUUUUCCCUUUUUUAUUCUAAAGAAACCAGCAUCUAUAUAUACAGUCACUAGUUUUUGAAAUCAUAGAGAAAAGGUAUCCAGUAAUUAACUAUUUACAUAAUGUAGUCACCAGCCUUAUUUAGUGUCAAGGUGGAAAUAUACAGUAUGUUACUGUACAAACAGUAAUCAAUUUUUCACUUAUUUUAUUUUUGUAGACAUGCACUGUAAUUUCUAAUAUUUCUAAUGUAAAUUUUGAUUUUUUUUUCUGCAUUUUAUGAGUGUGUGAGUUUAACACCGGAUUCCAACAACGCCACCCAUCAGAGGCUUUGCUUCAGUCUUAAAGGCACAGCAUGUUUAAAUGUUUAAGAUGACCGUGUUCAACUGUCAGGAUGUUUAAUGGCCAGUUUGUGGUUGUUUCCAUCUUCAGCAGAGUCGUUGUCAUUCUCGCUUUUAGUUCUUUUUUUAGUUCUUUUUUUUUUAUUUUUUUUUUACAAAUUUCUCAAUCAGGAGGCGACAUAAAUUGUCCUGGGUUGAAUUUCUUACAGAAUUUAUCAGUUGAGAGAAGACAAAAACGUAGAAUUAUAUUUUAUUAUUUUACUAUGCUGUUCAUAUUGUAAAUUAAUCUUUGAACAAUAUUGUUAAAAAAUCCAUUUUAAGCAACCGUCUUGACUCUGAGUGGUUGAAAAGUUUCUUCCCAUUUAAAGUGAAACGUAUUUGUUUAAAUGUCAACAAGGCUCCCAGAAUAAGUGUUCCUCCCACUGCUUUUGAUGUAUUUUAUAUACACUUUAUUAUUUUUGGACAUGUUUGUUCAGGAUUUGAACUACAGAACAUUCCAGUAGGCAUCAUUCCCUCAGUCACAGCGAUGAGCCUAAAUUCUCUACCUCUUCAUUUUUGCCUUUUUUUUUUGUGGACAGUAUAACAUUAGCCUCUUUUUGUAAUAUUCUAAAGUCUGCUACAUGGCAGCACAAAUGUGGUUCCAAUGUUUAGUGUCUCUAACGUAAAUUAAUAAAGUGAUUUAGAUUAUUAAA